UGUUGUUGUUUGUUUAUGAUUGUGUUGUUGCGACAGGACAGAUGUGUCAUGGAGACAUGUGUCUAGAGAGAUAUUUUACUGGAUUUUAACAGAAACUUUAGCAGAUAAGUUGUCAGCAUGUCAGAAAGCAAAGAAAUUGUUGUAGCAAAAUCUAAAGGCGAAAGGAAAGUUUUCAGAGCGCCCGUUAGGUCUGUCAACAAAAUACCUGAUGAUAUCCUGAAUGACUCGAAACUUAACCUGGCCAUUAGCGCGUUGCCUCAAAACUACAAUUUUGAAGUCCACAAAACUGUGUGGAGAAUUAAACAGCUCGGCAGUAAACGAGUUGCCCUACAAAUGCCUGAAGGGUUAUUAAUGUUUGCAACUACAAUAUGUGAUAUCAUUGAAUCCUUCACUGAUGCAGACACCGUUAUAAUGGGUGAUGUUACUUAUGGAGCGUGCUGCAUAGAUGAUUUUACCGCUAGAGCGUUGGGAGUUGAUCUGCUCGUUCACUAUGGCCAUAGCUGCCUUAUUCCGAUUGAUCAAACAGGAGGAAUCAAAAUGUUGUAUAUUUUUGUCGAUAUAAAAAUCGAUGUACUUCAUUUCCUUGAAACAGUAAAGACAAAUUUUGAUGUUUCCAAGCGAUUGGGCAUUGUCAGCACCAUACAGUUUGCUUCCACACUUCAUGCAGCUGCUGGGAAGUUAAGGGAGACUGGGUAUAAUGUCACUGUGCCACAGUCCAAGCCACUAUCCCCCGGAGAAAUUUUGGGUUGCACGUCACCAAAGAUGACUGACAUUGAUGCUAUAAUUUACCUCGGAGAUGGUAGAUUUCACCUUGAAUCAGCAAUGAUUGCUAAUCCCACCCUGAAGGCUUUCAGGUAUGAUCCCUAUGAAAAGAAAUUUACUGAAGAAUUUUAUGACCAUUUGGAAAUGAGAAAAUAUAGAAGUCAAGCCAUUCAUCUUGCCAGCAAUCAGUCUCGCUUUGGACUAAUUUUGGGAACUCUAGGAAGACAGGGGAGCAACCUUGUUCUACAAAACAUUCAGAAAAACCUUGAGAACUCAAGCAGGGAGAGUAUCAUUGUUCUACUUUCUGAAAUAUUUCCCGAUAAGUUAAAAAUGCUUCCAACAAUUGGAGCAUGGGUUCAAGUCGCUUGUCCCCGACUUUCAAUUGACUGGGGAAUGGCCUUUUCUAAGCCACUGCUUACUCCUUAUGAGUGUGCUGUCGCACUUGGUAUUUCUAAUGCUGAAUGGCGGAAUGAAGAUUCUAAAGAGACUAAUUAUCCAAUGGAUUUCUAUGCUUCAGACAGUCUUGGACCUUGGACUCCUAAUCACAAACCAUGCUGUGAUGCUAAAGGUGAUAAAUGUGAAAAGUGAAGAACAUAGGAGUUGUCCAGAGUCCUCUGAAGCCUGUCUGUAAUUUAACUCCCUUUCUUGUGAAAUAUUCUGAUUUCGCAAAACUGUUUUGUUUUUAGAUACCAGGUUGAAAAAUGAUUAAAACAAUGUUAAAGUUUGUUUAAA